AUGAUUCCAUGGUGGAAUGUGCCUGACUACUUCCACCACCCACUAAUUUUUUACAUGGAAGAGGACCAGGAAGACGACAUAUUUGGCCCUGAGGACGAAUACCUUCGCACCCUGGAGGUCAACAGCCACACUCUCAUUCAGCUGGAGAGAUGGUUCACAACCUCAGGCCAAACCCGAGUCACUGUGGUGGGACCAUUUAAGGCAAGGCUGUGGCUGAUGGACAUGAUCAGCAAAGCUGGGAGUAAGAACACUUCUGAUCAGACUAAAGGCAAGGUGAUGCUACAGCUGAUCCGGAGUCAUCCUCUGACACAGCAAGACCUGGAGUUUCGUUCAGAAGCAGGGAGCAGUCUUUGGUUUAUCAGAAUGAGUUCUGUGGAAGUUCCUCAAUACUUGAGGUUUCCUUUGACAGUUGCUUGGUUGUCUUGGGAUUUUGUUCGAAUUCUUUAUUGA